CUAUUUAUGACGCUGCCUACAGUCCUAGUGCGCACAUCGCCUGUGCUUUCAGACUCCCGAGUCCAUAGCGCUAAAUUACUUUAUCAAAAAUCUUUUGAGGUAAUCCUUGCAUGACCCUUAGAACUUUCAAUUUUGGAGGUUUCUAGUAACUGUUUGACAUUUUGUCAGUCUUUAAGGCCUGAGCAAACUGCCAAUCCGAUGUAUCGGACAUGGCUACAGUUCCUCGCGCUUCUGGGUGGAUUUGCAGUGCCAGGUGUGCUGCGAGUCGGUGGGAUGGAGGUUUUUAUGUCCAAUGAGGUGGAGGCAGUGAACGGGACAGAAGUGAGACUGAAGUGCACCUUUAAGUCCAAACACCCCGUGUCCCUCUCCUCUGUGACUGUCUCCUGGAACUUCCGUCCCUUGGCCCCAGGAGACGAGGAGUCGGUGUUUUACUACCAGGAUACGGCAUACCCCCCUACAGAGGGGCGGUUUAAGGGCCAUGUGGUGUGGUCGGGGGACAUCCUGAGACAGGACGCCUCCAUCAGCCUCCAGGACGUUCCCUUCACCUUCAAUGGUACCUACACCUGCCAGGUUCGCAACCUGCCUGACGUCCACGGCAUCAACGGAGAGGUCACCCUCAGGGUCGUCCAAAAAGUCUCCGUCUCUGAGAUAGGCAUGCUGGCUGUAGCCAUCGGGGCAGCCAUCGCCAUAGUCCUGGUGGUGCUGGGCAUCUUUGUGGUGUUCAAGUACCGCAAACUCAACCGCCACGCCAACACAGACCUGGAGCAGCAGGGGAGAGAACCGAAGGAGAGAGAGUUAAAUGCCAGGGUCCUAGAGGAGAGCGAGUUAAAUGCCAGGGUCCUAGAGGAGAACGAGUUAAAUGCCAGGGUCCUAGAGGAGAGAGAGUUAAAUGCCAGGGUCCUAGAGGAGAGAGAGUUAAAUGCCAGGGUCCUAGAGGAGAGAGAGUUAAAUGGCAGGGUCCUAGAGGAGAGCGAGUUAAAUGGCAGGGUCCUAGAGGAGAGCGAGUUAAAUGCCAGGGUCCUAGAGGAGAGCGAGUUAAAUGCCAGGGUCCUAGAGGAGAGUGAGUUAAAUGCCAGGGUCCUAGAGGAGAGUGAGUUAAAUGGCAGGGUCCUAGAGGAGAGAGAGUUAAAUGGCAGGGUCCUAGAGGAGAGAGAGCUAAAUGGCAGGGUCCUAGAGGAGAGCGAGUUAAAUGCCAGGGUCCAAGAGGAGAGGGAGCUAAAUGCCAGGGUCCUAGAGGAGAGAGCGCUAAAUGCCAGGGAGAAGAAGGAGUGGAAGGACCCUACAGUGUGUUGAGGGGUCUAGGGGGGUCCAGGGGUCAGGGGCAAGUCCCCUCCCUACCUCUGCUGGUGUGGGUGAGGUGUCCUGUUUGGAUGGACUGGUCUCUGACUAGAGGGGCUGGCCAUUCCAGGUCCACUCUGUUUGGGAGGACUGAUGAGGGGGGGGUCCUGCUUUCUUCUACCGUCUGCUCACAUGAGUCGCCAUUCAGACUCAACUUGCUACUGUAGUUGAACUUAACCCAGUAUUAGUGAUCCCUUUACAUUCCACCACUUUUUCAGGCACCAUUUCAUGUUUUUUAACAAACAGCUAUGUUAUUUUAUUUUAACUAUGUAGUAUUAUGACUACUAGUUGUCUAUUUGGGUCAAUUAUUUUACUGAGUAAUAGUCCAAGAGAUACCAGUAUGUUGGAGGAUUUUUUUUUUCACCAAAAUUGCUGUUCUUUGGAACUUUUUCACGAACAUCAAUUCACACUGGGACUGCUGGCCCAGCUGCCUGGCCUGUUAUGUCUGUCUGUCUGUGCGUCUCUACAUUAACUCUUGUUAGAUAUGGCUGAAUUGGCACCAGCUACAGUCUCUUGAUGUGGUGGCAUCCGACUCAACUAGCAGACUGGUUCAGCAACUCUUUGCUCCAGUAUGCAUCUUCUUCUUCAUCACAUUUGGGAUGGUAGCCAUUUGUUCCAAAUUCGUUUACAGAAUUAUUUUACCACUUGAAUAAUCAACAUUCUUCUACAGUUGAGCUAAUGGCUCAUAUGGACAUCAUUCCAAAAUGAAUGUUUUUGACAGCAAAUUUGUGAGUGUGUUUUGUGGUUAUGGUCAAGGUCCCAUGGUGAGUUAAGUCAGUGAAACACUUUUGUUAAACCUGUGGUAUCUGGGGGUUGCUAAGGUAAGGACAAGGGCUGGUGGAAGCUCUGUAUCGGUCAGUGGCUAAUGCUAAGGCUAAGGGCAUUGGGCAGUAAGGCUUUUGGAAGCUUUCCUGGGCCAGGAGUUUUCAGUGACUAUCUGCCAUUUAGUUUUUCUGGCCAACGCUCUCCUGCUUCCUGCAAAAAUGACAACUUAAAUAACUGCCUUUUACUUCUGGAUAUAAAAGGAACUGUGGUACAUCUUUGAAUGUAGAUGAAGAACCCCACCAUUCCACGAAGAACCUGUUUUCCAUGAAGAAGCCUGUUUACCAUGAAGAAGCCUGUUUACCAUGAAGAAGCCUGUUUACCAUGAAGAAGCCUGUUUACCAUGAAGAAGCCUGUUUACCAUGAAGAAGCCUGUUUACCAUGAAGAAGCCUGUUUACCAUGAAGAAGCCUGUUUUCCAUGAAGAAGCCUGUUUUCCAUGAAGAAGCCUGUUUUCCAUGGGUUCUGUCAUUUUUGUGAACUGAUGUUGCCACCAUGUGUCCAUUAUAGGAAGCAGCUCCAUCUUUCUCCCUCUGUGUCCACACUGAGGAUCAUGGGUGUUGUGGUCUCAAAGGUUUCUCCCUCUCUCAUAUUCUUCCUCUCCUGUUGUAUUACAAAGCUGCCCAUGAGCCAAAUGAACAGAGGAGUCUAUCCAAGACACUGCCAACACCCCAGUCUGCCGCUCACUCCUACAGUGUACAUGAGUAUGACUUUCCGUUUAGGAGAAACAUGAAGAUGUCACUGACCCAAUCAUAAGGACAUUGCCAGUCCAUUCUAGCAGGAGACUCUACAAGGUGCUGGAUCUGUUGACCUGCUUGUGCAGUUAUCCAAUCUGAUGUGUUAUGUCCCAUCUGAUCAAUACCUGCCGCCAGCCAGCCCCAUAACCCUCCCAUGGGACUGGAAACAGUAUUCUCCUGGUAAAGAAUUCCAUGAAUGAUUCUAUUCUAUUCGAUUUAUUUCAUGUAUGCGUUUGUAAAGAUCAAAACUGUAUAUUUUAUCACACGUUUUAUAAGGUUGAGAGAUUUAUUUUAUUGUGUAUUUUUCAAUAAAGGAAUGCUUGUUUUGAUGGUU